AUGUACAGCUCGGUGGAGGGUACUUGUCAAGACUGCAUCACCUGCCUUCCGGGCGGCUGCCGUGGUUGCAGACCGCAGAGGCUGGCUGGGGGUCCCAACUUGGGCCGAGGUGCGGACCUGGGCCGUGGAGAACGCAGACGGCGAGUAAUGGGCGGAGGAGCCUGUCUGACUGAUGGCCUUGAUCAGCAACAAAGAGGCCACAGAGUGUGA